GGGGCGCUACCACUGCGGGACGCCAGGAGACCUGCCGGCUGAGGACCACACGCAGCACAAGUAGCACCAGCAGCAGUACAAGAAGCCCUUUCCAACACCAACCCGGUGACUGCUGAGACGUUAGGAGGAGGUGCCGCAGAAACAGAAAUCCUUCUCUACCUCCGUUGAAACUCUAGAAGGAGGUGGUGGUGAAGUAAUAGGAGGCAGAGAGGAGGAGGGGCUGGUGGAUCAAGGGGGUCGUGCCUGGGGGGGAUGAGGCUCCCCCCCCGCCCUCACAUGCUGGCCUCGCCACCACCACCCUCCUGCUGACCACACUGCUCACUGCUGGUGUGGGUGGCGAGUGUGGCAUGAAGGGGUGCACGAAGGCCUACGUGACAGGGAUGGCCGCUGGGGUGGAGGAGGGGGCUACUACAGCCUACUGCUCCCUGAUGCACCGCUACAAGCAGUGUACGGACGACCUCAGCAGCAACAAAUGUCGGGGAGACCUUCAGUACCACAGCACCCACAGGAUGAUCUCCUCCGUCAUGGGCCGCUUUAACUGUACUCACAUCCUAGCUGAGGACCCCCAGCACCAGGUCUUACCCCAAAGCCCCAGCGUGGCCCCUACUGACGCCCACGACGAGUGUCAGUACCCCGUGAGCUCCACCCCCGCCCCUGCCCACUGUGGACUCUUCGGCGACCCCCACCUCAAGACUUUCAACGACUCGUACAUGACGUGUGGGGUGGUGGGGGCGUGGCCACUCCUCAACACCCCUUACCUGGCCAUACAGGUGACGAACGAGCCCGUGGGUCCCGCCAACCACGCCACCGCCACCACCAAGGUCAGUACCACGCCCACAGAUCAUGGUUAUGGUCCAUGCCCCACCGCCUACACUUCAUGCUCAUACUCCACAGCCACACCUCUCAGCCACACCUUACACCUUCACACAGUAAAUAAGGAUUGA